UCAACCUUUCUUGCAUCCUGCUUGCUGCUUUUGUAUUACAAGUAAGUUGCAAAACUGUUACAGCAAUAGGUACUGAGAUGAAGGAAUGGAAAGAAUGUCUGUUUGCUAGUUCUUGUUUAUGCAAAAACGUUCCUGGUUCAGAACAACUUAUAGCGGAUUGUUCUGACAAAGAUUUACUUCGUAUACCUAGAUUACCAAACAAUCUUCAAGAUUUAUCUUUCCAAAAUAAUAAUAUCAGUACAAUAGAAGAUGGGAUUUUCGAAGGCAACUCUUUAUUGAAGUCUUUGGAUUUGUCUUUUAAUAGAAUAAGUCAAAUAAGAAAAAACUCGUUCAAAGGACUCCACAAUUUACUCUCUUUAAAUCUAAGCAACAAUGAUUUGAAAUAUAAACACAUGUCGUUUAAAUAUUCAGCCUUUUAUUUCUCGGAGAAGUUGAAAAACUUGGAUUUGAAAAGAAAUGUCAACACCUCAUUUGUGCCAGAUUUAUGGAAACUACGGUCUCUAGAAUCGUUGUCAAUAGAUUAUGUUUCAGACAAAAUUGCAUUUUUCGAAGAAAAAUUUGUCUAUUUAAAAAACCUUACAAUUAUAGAUAUAUCUGGUUUUACAGGUUUUUGCAAAAUGACCAUACUUGCAAAGAAAACAUUCUUGUUCUUGCCUCAAAUAACUCAUUUAAACUUAUCCAAAUGCAAAAUACAAUAUAUUUUGAAAGGAACGUUUGAGAUAUUGAGAAAUAUUUUUGAACUUGAUGUUUCUUUGAAUACAUGUUUGGGAUUCGAAACGCUUGAAAAUAUUACCACCGAUUUGCAACAUUCGGCAAUUAAAAUCCUUAAAGUUAACAACAUUCAUGGUAUUUUCGGAAUGACUACAGUACUAAAAACAUUUCACAUUUGGAAUUUAAGAAAUACAUCACUUGUUAGGUUCGAAGCCGCUGGAAACCGUAUCCAGGAAAUAGAAUACGGUACGAUACAAUAUUUGCCUGAGUCCUUAAAAAGUGCAGAUGUGAGGGACAACGUUUUUUCUUUAGGCAAAUAUGUGCUUGAUCUAGUGGAACUGCCAAUCACAUCACUAGAAGUUUCUGAUAAUGCUUCUCCUCAUGAUGUUCUCACCUCCUACGUAGAAGAAUGCCCUACUAGAGAAGAUACUGUUACAAUUUAUUCCGAAAACAACUGGUUAUUUAACAUACUUCCAAUUUUGGAAAUGUGGAAAAAGAAAUCCAAUAAGUUUAUUUUUCUUGUGCCAAGUAAACUGAUAAAAGUUUCACUUAGAUCAAGCAACCUGAAAUUUGAAAUACCAAACUUAAAUUUCAGUGCAAAUGAAUUAAAUUAUAUAAGUUUUAGUGACAAUGUCUUGCACACAUGGACAGGACCAAUAACUAAUGUGAAUAACCUGAAAUUUUUAGACCUAUCGUCGAACUUCUGUUCUAAUGUUUCAAAGACAUUUUUCAGCAAAGACUUUAUCAACUUAAGAUUUUUACUGCUGCAAAAUAAUCUGUUGGGACUCAUUCUACCAACGGAUAUCGAUGGAGAAAUAUUUCAGAAUCUUCAGAACGUCGUUCACAUUAAUCUCUCUAAAAACAAAAUAGCGGAUAUACCAAAUCUGUUAUUUAAAAUGCAAACAAAUUUAGAAAGAUUAGACAUCAGUGAAAAUAUGCUCGAUGACGUGAAUUUUAAAAUUUCUCAAAUGAAAAAGCUUAUGUUUUUGAAUUUAAGGAAUAAUCGAAUAUCUAAGCUGAGUAAAUAUGCCAUGAACGAGUUGGAUUCUAUUGCUGAAAUGAAUACAAAUCUCACUAUUGAUCUCAGUGGAAAUAAUCUUGUAUGUAAUUGCGGUUCUCUGUCUUUUGUCAAAUGGGCAGUUUACACACAUACUAAUUUUCAUCGUCGGGAGAAAUACGAAUGUAAAACAUCAGAAAACACCAUCAAUCUUCUUCAAAACCCUAAAGAAGUUUACGAAACCAUACAAAAGGAAUGUAUGUCAUAUGAAGGUAAAAUAAUUGGAAUUACAAUAGGAAUUUUGAUGUUUAUUUUUAUUCUUUGUGGUGGUAUCAUUUACAGAUACAGAUGGAAACUACGCUAUCUGUACUACAUGAUCAAAGUCAAAUGGCAUGACCACGAACAUGAAUCCAACAAGAAAGAUGAAAGACUAUACAUGUAUGAUGCUUUCGUGUCAUAUGCCAACGAAGAUGAAACAUUUGUCCACAAUACACUUCUACAUAAAUUAGAGAAAACUGGUGGAAUUCAGUUGUGCUUGCACAGGCGAAAUUUCCUCCCCGGAAAUGACAUCGCCACUAAUAUUACAUCCGCAAUUUAUAACAGCCGGAAAACAAUUGUCAUAAUGUCUUCAAAUUAUUUAGCAUCGUACUGGUGUAUGUUCGAAUAUAAUAUGGCUAAAAUGGAGAGUAUAUAUGAACGCAAUUGUGAGAACAUCCUUUUCUUAGUAUUUUACGAGCAUAUUUCUGCUUGCGAUCUUCCACUUCAAAUUAUCGAACUGGUUCAUUGUCAAUCAUAUAUUGAGUAUCCAAAUGAUGAGUACGGCGAUGUUGUCUUUUGGGAACAACUAAGAAAGGCAGUUAAAUCCUACUAAUAAAUCUGUUCUCUAUUUGACGCUACAUAUCUUUAAUUAUAUACAACGACGUCAGGCAUGAAUUUGCCUUAUUAUUUGUGUUUAAUUAUAUGUUUUGUCUAGCAUUAUGUAAAUAAGAUUAAAACUUCUUCUCAAAUAGAUCAACUAUCAUCGCUUUCGCAGAUAGGAAUUACUCAUGCCCGUUUAUAGUAAGUAAAUAUUAACCAAAUACGUACAUGUUUAUAAAACUUAAUGUACACGGUGCUUUCAAGUACCACUUAGAGUUUAAAUUUGAAUAAUAGACUAGCCAAAAUUGUGUUUUUUCACCAUCAAUUACGUUGGUUAGAUUUGAUGAUCUUCAUUUGUUCAAAACUAUUUGGCAGAUAUUCGGAUGAGAUUUCUAUCCCGUGGAUCGCCUGUUACGCUACAAACUAGUUAAAUCUUAACAUAGUAACAAGAUACUCGCAGGACAACCUACUAACGUUUGACAACAAAAUAGAUAUGAACUUUUAUUGGUAUUGUUAUAUUAAUCGUUCUUUGUAGCUGUGGAGGAUGUAUAGAUGCAAAUCCAUGCCUGGUCGAAAUAUUGAAAUAACAUCCUAUGCCUAGAGCGUAAUGGAAGUUGCUACGCUCCCUGUACGUUUAAGAAACCUUACAAAACUCUUAAAUGGUCUUUAAAUUGCUUUGUUGUAAAGUAACUUGUUGACCUAUUCAACAAUUUCUCAUUUUCCAUUGGAAGUGGAAAUUAUCCUCUAAUAGUUCGAUUGACUGACUUUCAAAAAGCUGUCAAAAGAUUUAUUUUUUGUCCUGAAUAUGCAUAAAAUAUUUGUCCCUGAAAUUGAACAAACAGCAUCUUUUAGUAUUGUCCCUCCAAAAAAAACUCGUCAAAGAAACCUGGCUUAUAGUUUUGUUCGCCGUACGUUUCAUCUACAAAAGACUCGUAAGUGACGUUCGACUGAAAAAGGUUCAAAAGCCAAAUAAAGAAUGAAGUUGAAUGACAUUUAAGACAAAAAAAAAAGGUUUUACAAAAGUUAAUAUUCUAGAGCUACCUUCAACCAGUUUUAUCAUGAACUAAUAGAAAUAACGUAAAAUUCACUUGCUUAUCAACAUUGUAUUACAUAAUCUGGAGUGUAAUGAAUAUAAUGAAAAUUAAGAGAAAACAGUAUGAAAGUUUGAAUUCUGAAAAGAAGUAAUUUGUGAAAUGGCCAAUUUAUUUUAGGGAAAACAAUUUAGAAAUAUUUUGAUUUUGUUUUUCAAGAAUUUGUAGUUCUAAUUUAAACAUACUCAUGUUUCGAUAUACAUGAUUUGUUUGAAUCGUUUUUUAUCUUCUUUGCAUAGGUUUUUUUUCUUGCUCCAAUGGUUUUUGAAAUAGGACCAGUGGAAAGAUUUGCUUUGUUUUAUUUAUUUAUUAUUGUCUUAGUUUGUAUAAUAUCUUACAUUAGAAAAGAAAUAGUAUUAUCUUUUUUUUUAAUUUGAAAAUAAAACAUGUUCAUUUUU